GACAAGUUAUGGUACCAGACCAGAGGGAGAUGCGGAGAUCCCAAUUGCCCACCGCCAUACACACAGCUUCCCUGACGUCAGGGUCAUAUGUCACAGGAUCUGUCUGAGACAGCCAUAAAAUGGAGUCCACUGUCACAAGUAACUGUGGUCCGCGUUGUCGAGGCGUGUCGCCUCUUUGUACUGCUCUGCCAGAGCUACAGAGUGGCAACAGAGGUGCUGGCACAAUGACUAGUUUCAGGAAAUUCUUGUCGUUAGAAACUGCCGCUCUCUUUGCCGCAGCUUCCGCUCCCGGCGAUGUCACGCUGGGCACGUUCGUAGCAUGAAAUGUGCGGCUGGAGUGUUUUGGUGGAAUAGAUGAGUUGGAAGAGGAUGAAGUAGGCGGAGGGCCGCGGCCGUCUGCUGUGACUGGAAUGGGGUGUUUCUACCAAGGAAAGGGGAGGUACUAUCUUGUAACAAGAUACUGUAUAUUCUCUUCAUUCCUGUCGGCGUUUGAGAACGAAGAAAGUCUCUCUCUCGCACAGCCAGGCAAUACAUCCCACCUUCGACUUAACCUUUGAGGACAAUAUCAAGUUACAAAGCCUUCAAUCGAGAGUACUGCGUCUGUACUAUUAAUAGUUUAGUAGUUCGUAGAACGUGCUUUAUCUGACAGGUACGAAUAACCUACUAAUAAACUGUCCUAGUACUGAACAGUUGUGGAAGAGCUUCAGACACAUAACCUUUGAAACAGGGUGUCGAAAUGAAGUCGAGUUCGGGAUGGGGUCCCCUGCGUCGCAUCGUGCUGUCCGGGGUGGAAUCAAAACGAUGGGCCAUCGUCCUCCUUACUCUAAUCUGCUGCAGUCAACAUGGCGAUGCCGGCAAGCCAGCUCCCAAACCAAAAAUGGGCCCAGGGAGACGAGAAUUGAACGGCUUUUCCAAGGCCAUUCUGGGGACUAGAAAAUACACCGUCUUUAUGGUUCACUUCAGCAAAACAGGGCUUGAUCCAAUGAUUGCCAGGUAUGCGGACCGACAACCACUCACCUUCUUGCUGCCUCCCGACCUUGCGUUUAGGGCUCUCCCGAGCAACAUCCGCAGCCAGCUAUCCGGCGUGAAACUCGUGAAGCUGAUUCAGUACCACCUGCUUCUGGAAAAAUGGACAUUCGAAUUUUUCAAUCUGCCAUCCUUAAAAAUUAGAAUCCGUCCGUUCCGUACAGUACUUGGUACCUACAUGUUUGUGCUUCCGGCGAAUCCAGGGAGCAACGCGGUUUUUGUGAACUCUGGUAGAUCCAUGGAUGUUGGGACUCCAGGUUAUAUCAAUCGUGCUGACAUUGGGGGGAGGGAAUCGUAUCUCCGGUUUCUGGGCCAGGGGAUAAGUAGAGUCAUUAUUCCUCCAGGGGUGUUCAGCUAGUAACAUGAUUCCGGGACUUGUUUCCACGGUCAGGAUGUGACUGGAACGUAGGAUCCGCCUAUCCCUCUCCCGCUGUGCGUUGUGACAUAAAUACUGUAUCAGAAGGGUUGAUGCGGAAGUCUAUCACAAUUGGGAUCACCAUCCAACCAGCGCCCAACAGAGACACACGAUUGGUCGACUCUCCCGACCACCAAUCGUCCCGCCCGCAGCACAGCCGUCCGAUUGGCUGACCUCAAGCUUUUCCCAUCGGCCAGGACAUUGAGAGCCGUUGAUGCGCGCAAGACUCCCCCGAACACGUCCUUCGUGAGCACUGAGCAGGAUUCCAGCCAGGAUCAGAGCCUGGCCAGAAGGUGAAUCAAUCAACACACACCCCCUUCCGUGACCAUUUCUUGCAGCUUCAAUUUCCCUUACCUUUGACAGCAUCACCCUCCUAAAGCCCUUUUUGCCGAGCGGAACAAGCAGAACACCGAAGUUGCGGAGUCCUGACUCGUGACCUGACAGGUUACAACACCUAGUUUCUGACCCGAGGUCAGGUCGCCAUUGUUGUGGACGAGGAUUCCCCGAUUUUGGGUAGUUCGGACAUUCCAUUCUUUCUUUCUCGGGUUGAUUAGAACGCAGACAUCUCCAAUGGCCGCCUCAGCUGCUGUCAUUGGCUCUGGUUUACUGGCGAGCAAAACUCUUAGCGCUGUCCCGCAUUGCUCUUUGGCUGCGUGCUCAACCUCCCUGACCAAUGCCAGAGCGCCAGCUGGCGAAUUCCAACUUAAAGAGUCCGUUUCCCUCGAGUCUCUGAAGAGCAGACUUUCACGGUCUCAAACGCGUCGAGUUUCCGGCUGCUCGAAUUCAGAGAGCAAGAGAAUCUUCCUCCAAUGCUCGUGCCAAAGAAACGAGGGGAGCUCACAAGCUGACCAGUCCGCUGAGAAUGUUCGGACGAUUGAGCAAGUGCAAAGACCAGCAAUAUUUUGCAGCUCUUCCCAAAGGAAAUCUCUCCAAUGGCCUUCGAUACCAUCGGGUUUUCUCCCAUCAACCACCCAGUCGCCGUCCCUGAUCGCGUCUGCUGCCAUUACAGCAGCUGUAGGUGCAUUGUCUCUCUCCUUACUCGGACUUGCCACACCAGAAACGGCAGCAGCAGCGACAGCUGACGUCAUCGCAGCUUCCGCUGCCGUCCCAGCUGACGUCAGCAGCCUUUUGGACCUCGCCGACUUCCAAGCUGGCUUCGCAUCGGCUUUUCUUCUCGUACUGUUCUCGGAGAUCGGUGACAAGACCUUCUUUAUCGCGGCAGUGCUCGCCACGAGGCGUCCCAACGUGGAGGUCUUUGCAGGCACCUUUGGAGCCCUGGCUGUCAUGACCGUGCUAUCUGUGGCUCUUGGCCGGAUCUUCCACUAUGCAGACGAGCUCCUACCCGCCUUUGGCUCAUUUGACUUCCCUCUCGACGAUGUCGCCUCUGUGGUUCUGCUGCUCUUCUUCGGCCUCUCCACGCUGAGGGACGCAGCAGGCAUGGACUCCAAGGCGGAGGGGGAGCAGCAGGAGGCGGAGAAGGCCGUCGCAGGGCUGAACGCAGAGGCCACAGAAGGAGGCAUUUCUCUGGCGGUGCUGGCAUCAGUGUUCGCUCUGGUCUUCACAGCAGAGUGGGGCGACAAGUCCUUCUUCUCCACCAUUGCCUUGGCGGCCGCCUCAUCCCCGGCUGGAGUGGUCACAGGGGCUGUGGCUGCCCACGGUGUGGCAACAGUGAUGGCAGUGCUGGGCGGGUCAUUCCUCUCAAAGUACAUCUCCGAGCGGACUGUGGCCUACGUGGGCGGCACUCUCUUCCUUGUCUUUGCUGCUGCAACACUGGCUGAAAUCAUCUCCAAUGGUGCUGGUGCUUGAAAGGAGCCCGUAUCUCCAAACCUCAAGACGAUGCAUGCACUGGAAAGCCAGUUUCGCCACUUCCUUAUGAGCCAGACGUUUUGAGCUUGUUUGUGUCUGAAGGAGGCAGCUCUGUAGCCGUUGUGAAGUUGGCCGAUUUUGGGCUUGACAUUUCUGCCAAAGUGGAUCCGGUCCAGAGAUGACUAGCAUCAAUGCGUUGUCCGUUAAAGCGAGAAGUUAUAAUCGUGAAGGCUGGCCCAACUUGAAAGAGGGCUCCCUCUGAGCGACUCAAGUUGGAAACCAGCUUCAACAAAUAACUGUUCCAAAAUGGCAGGGGUAGGCAGAUCGUGUUAAAAUUAUAUAAGUUAUAAUUUUAUAUAGGCUUGGUAGGUUGCUACUGAACCUUUCUGUAGGGGGUACAAACCCCUCCUUGUACUCCCUUCUCUUCCUAAUCCAACUCU